AUGUUGUUUAGGAAUACAAGACGGGGUUUCCCAGGAGUGUUGGGUUACGUAGAUGGUAGUCUGGUUGGACUGGCAUCUCCUCAUGAGCCAGCCAAGCACAUAUACCGAUCUAGGAAGGGUUUUUAUGCCAUCAACACACUAGUGGUUUGUGAUGCUGACCUAAAUAUUUUGUAUUUCAAUGCUCAAUUUCCUGGAUCUGCUCAUGAUUCCUGGGUAUAUCGCAGGACACCCAUAAGAAAUGCCAUGAGGGAGGCAUACCGAGAUGGACCAUGUUGGCUCUUAGGAGAUAGUGCCUACCCUCAUGAGCCGUGGCUUAUGAAGCCCAUCCUGGAGGCAGCUCCUGAUAGCCCUGAAUGGCGCUACACUCGACUGCAUUGCAGAGGACGAAGCAGUGUAGAAAGGUGCAUUGGUGUGUUGAAGGGGAGGUGGCGGUGUCUGCUUUGGGAAAGGUCGCUCCACUACCAGCCAGACAAAGCUGGCAAGAUUGCCCAGGCGUGUGUUGUGCUGCACAAUUUUUUAAGAGCAAGAAAUGUUGCGGAUCCUGAGCCCUUUGCUGAGGAUGACAGUGUAGAUGAUCAUGAGGUUGAGGAACUUGAAGAUGAAUUGGCUGAAGCUAACAGGAAUAGGAAUCAUUUAGUGCAAGUUGCACAGCAACGACACCAGCAGCAGCACCAGUGAGUGCAUCAUAUUAACUGUACUGUGUUCUUAUCUAUUCUCAAAUUUAGAUUUAAUAUUACAAUUGCCAAUACUGUAUUCUUCAUUUUCAUUCUCUAUGUAAGGUGUGUUUUUUACAGUAAAUUAUUGUACAGAGGAUUUGAAAUUUAAAUUU